UGCAAACGCGCUACUCCCGCUGAACCAUAAAUUCCGCUUUUGCGAUUUUUGACACUUCCGCGUUGCCUUCGUGUGAUAAUGGCGUGGAUUAGGAAAACUUUCUGCAUGGUUGACUUUGUGUAACAUUUUUCUGUAACAGUAGACAAUGUUUAACACUUUUACAGCUGUGCUUUGAACCGAAUUAUCCCAUCGAAGUAUUAUAUGGGCUUUGAGAGUCAAGCCUUUGUGCUGCUUUUGUGUUUUAUUAACCAGUCUAGAAGUUGAGCUGAUUCACGGUGUUGCUGCGCUUCUUCAUUGUUUCGUGUGUGCUCUUCUCCGUGAAGGAUCAACCUGUGCAAGUUCACUAACGUAAGGCAGAGUUACUUUCGUCAUGCAGCUGGUGAUCCGUCGGUACCGUCCUGCAGACAAGGACACAGUGCUCACCCUCUUCAGUACUGGCAUCUUGGAGCAUAUCCGUCCAUGUUUCUAUAACGCCAUGACCAGUCCCCUUUACCUCACCAUCACCCCGACUCUGUGUGUUGUUGGUUAUCUUCUUGGCUCUGUGUUUGGGGCUGUGCUGUUCCCAGCAGCUUGGGUAGGUCUCAUCUACUACUGCUGUCAUGAAGUAUAUGCCAGUGUCAUCAGGGUGAGACUUCGCACCGACAUGCAGGACAUCCCUGGGAAUUUCCUCAGCAGACCUGAUGACUGUUUCUGGGUGGCUGAGGCCGAGGUUGGAGCGAGAGCCCAGGUUGUUGGUAUGGUGGCUGUGGUAGCUAAACACAGUGGGACAGAAAAGUAUGGGGAAAUGUUCAGAAUGAUCAUUUCCCCACAGUAUAGACGGAUGGGCCUCGGCUUUAGGUUGACUCAGACCGCGGUUGACUUCUGUAAAGAACAGGGCUUCUCCAAGGUGGUGUUGCAGACGACCUCCACCCAAAUGGCAGCCGUGGUUCUGUACAGCAAAGUGGGGUUUAACCGUGUCCAUUCUAAUGUCAAAGGACUGGCAGCUCAUUGGAUCAUUUCACUGGCCAGGGUCACAAUUAUAAGGAUGGAAAAAUACUUGUAAAUCAAAAAUAACAGUAAUUAGCAGUGUAUUUUAUUUUAUUCUCUAUAGUAUUUACAACAUAGUUUUUAAGUAUUUAUUUAUUUUUGUGAAUGUUGCACUGAUCAGAGACAUCUCUCAAUUUCAUUGUACUUGUGACAAUGACAAUAAAGAAUAUUCUAAUCUAUUCUAUUGUUUUCACGCUUUGCUCCUCUUUAACAGUGGUUUAAUAUUUGGCAAUGGUUAAACUUGACUGUAAUCAAAACGUUGUUCAGGUGUGAAUUGACUUAACUGAAAGUAAGGAGCAAGAUGUUGUUACUAAAACCUUCUGGUUUCCUCUUUAUAGAGUACUUUACAUAUUCUCUGACUACACCUUAAGCCCUAAAAAAAUUGUCUGUUACAACAUAAGCCCAAUUAGCAGCUCUAGUCCUGUGAACCAAGAUUCACUAACAGUUAAUCCUUACAUUGUGUACUUUUCAGUGAUGAUUAGAAUAAUUUAAUGUAAUGAGUUGUACUGACCACUUUCAGCUGUAUUCAUUUAAAAAAGAAAGGAAAAAAAAUGUUUCACAAUCUCUGUGUUCAUUCGUCAUCCUUGUUAUGUGAGAAGGAAGGUCUGAUGUACUUUCUACUACUAAUUCUACUAAUUGCCAAGAUUUGGAGAAACGUUUUAAAAUGUCAUAACUGAGAUACAGUACACACAACAUAUUGUAAGCACAUGAUACAAAGUAUGUAAAAAUGUUGUAUGUCGUAAUAAUAUUAAUAAUAAAAACAUUAACUUUUAAAAGGUAAAUGUAGAGAAUUUAUAUGCAUUAGAGUGGACUUAAAAUUCUGAUUAAACUAUUUGAUUGUUUUACACCUUUUUUCCUUGAUGUAAUCAGAAUAACUGAGAUAUUUGCUUAUGAAAUGAAGACAUGAUUAUUAAGACUGAUAAUGUUGAAAAUUAAAUCACAAAUCUAAAUUCAGUAUGUUGUGCCCCAGCCUGUACUGUAGAUGUGAAUGUGAACAGCAGAGGGCACUAUUGAUCUAAGUAACACUGAAGCUCUUUUGAUGAAAAUCAGUAUUUUCUGAUAUUGUACUGUAUUUACUUCUUUUUAUACCAGAAAGUAGGAGUUUAAAAUAUGUGUGCACCAACAACAGUGCUGGGAAGUAAAUACAGUACAUUUUCUAAUAUGCUUUGUGAACUCAAGUUUUACAUCUAGAAUAUGUUGUGAUAGACUGUGACGCAGAAUAUGAAACCAUAACAGAUGACCUAGUGCACAACUUUUCAUGGGUAAUGGUAGUAGUUUGAAACUCACUGACUGCUGUAGAUGGUGUUCAUUAAAACUUCCAACAUUUUAAAAAUUCUA